GCCUGCAUUGGAGAUUUUCUGUAGUUGCUGGCUGCAGGGAGUAGAGCGCUGUAGUUUCACUUAAGAGGGAAACUAACCGGGAAAGGGCCUCUACAGUUUCGCUGGUUUCUCUAUUUGGUUUUUUUUUUAUUUUUCCCCAACAGGCACCUAGUGCAAUUCAAAGUUAGUAACAUCAACAAAAAUUGUAGUUCACGUUUUUUUUUUCUUUUAGUCCCCUUUUUUGUUUUUCUUGUUAACGGAGCGGAUUUAAGUUUUUCAAGAUGCCGGUUUUUCACACCAAGACCAUAGAGAGUAUCCUGGAGCCUGUGGCUCAGCAGAUAUCCCAUCUGGUGAUAAUGCACGAAGAAGGGGAGGUGGAUGGAAAAGCAAUUCCAGACCUAACGGGACCCGUGGCCGCAGUGCAAGCGGCUGUCAGCAACCUCGUCAGGGUUGGAAAAGAGACUGUUCAGACAACAGAGGACCAGAUCAUGAAAAGGGACAUGCCGCCUGCUUUUAUUAAGGUGGAGAAUGCAUGUACUAAACUGGUUCAGGCUGCCCAAAUGCUGAAAGCCGAUCCUUAUUCAGUGCCUGCACGGGAUUAUCUGAUAGAUGGAUCAAGGGGGAUUCUUUCGGGGACUUCAGAUCUGCUUUUGACCUUUGAUGAAGCAGAGGUUCGAAAAAUCAUCCGUGUCUGUAAGGGCAUUUUGGAAUAUUUAACAGUGGCAGAGGUUGUUGAGACAAUGGAAGACCUAGUAACUUACACUAAAAAUCUGGGACCGGGUAUGACAAAAAUGGCAAAAAUGAUUGAUGAGCGACAGCAGGAGUUAACGCAUCAAGAACACAGGGUGAUGUUGGUGAACUCCAUGAACACAGUGAAGGAACUGCUUCCUGUGUUGAUCUCAGCAAUUAAAAUCUACGUAACAACAAAAAGUUCCAAAAGUCAAGGAAUUGAAGAGGCUCUGAAGAAUCGUAAUUUUACUGUGGAAAAGAUGAGUGCAGAGAUCAAUGAGAUUAUCCGUGUGCUGCAGCUUACUUCCUGGGAUGAAGAUGCUUGGGCAAACAAAGACACUGAAGCAAUGAAGAGAGCUUUGGCUUUAAUUGGUUCUAAAAUGAAUCAGGCAAAAGGAUGGCUGAGAGACCCUAAUGCACAACCAGGUGAUGCCGGAGAACAAGCUAUUAGACAAAUACUCGAUGAAGCUGGAAAAGUUGGAGAGUUGUGUGCUGGAAAGGAGAGAAGGGACAUCCUGGGAACAGCAAAGACACUUGGUCAGAUGACAGAUCAAGUAGCUGAAAUGCGGGAUAGGGGUCAAGGUGGCAGUCCUGUUGCUUUACAGAAAGCAGCACAGGUUUCCCAGGGCCUGGACCUACUCACUGCAAAAGUAGGUAAUGCAGCCCAAAAGCUGGAGGCUAUGACCAACUCCAAGCAAGCAAUUGCCAAGAAGAUUGAUGCUGCACAGAAUUGGCUUGCAGACCCUAAUGGUGGCCCUGAGGGAGAAGAAAAUAUCCGUGGAAUCCUGGCAGAAGCAAAGAAAAUUGCAGACCUGUGUGAGGAUCCAAAGGAGAGAGAUGAUAUCCUGCGCAAUUUUGGAGAGAUUUCUGCACUGACAGCUAAACUAAAGGAUCUAAGGAGGCAAGGCAAAGGGGAUAGCCCAGAGGCCAGAGCCUUGGCCAAGCAGAUUGCCACAGCCUUACAGAAUCUGCAGUCAAAGACCAACAAAGCUGUGGCCAACAGCAGACCUGUGAAAGCAGCUGUUAACUUGGAAGGUAAAAUUGAACAAGCUCAGCGCUGGAUAGACAAUCCCAAUAUUGAAGAUCGUGGUGUAGGUCAGGCUGCAAUACGUGGACUUGUGGCUGAAGGCAGAAGACUGGCAAAUGCCAUGAUGGGCCCUUAUCGUCAAGAACUCCUUGGAAAGUGUGACCGGGUAGAGCAGCUGACUGCUCAGCUGGCAGAACUGGCAGCUCGGGGUGAGGGUGAAGGGCCCCAAGCACGAGCAGUGACUGCUCAGCUGCAGGAUUCACUAAAGGAUUUGAAAUCAAAGAUGCAGGAAGCAAUGACUCAAGAGGUUUCCGAUAUCUUCAGUGAUACUACCACUCCAAUUAAAUUGCUGGCUGUGGCAGCAACAGCGCCCCCUGAUGCUCCAAACAGGGAAGAGGUGUUUAAUGAGCGGGCUGCCAACUUUGAGAAUCAUGCAGCUAAGCUUGGAGCUACAGCAGAGAAAGCAGCAGCUGUAGGAACUGCCAAUAAAAGUACAGUGGAGGGGAUCCAGGCAACGGUGAAAUCUGCCAGAGAAUUAACACCACAGGUUGUCUCUGCUGCCCGUAUUCUCCUGAGGAAUCCUGGCAAUCAGGCAGCCUAUGAACAUUUUGAAACCAUGAAGAAUCAGUGGAUUGACAAUGUUGAAAAAAUGACUGGUUUGGUUGAUGAAGCCAUUGAUACAAAAUCCUUGCUGGAUGCCUCUGAAGAAGCCAUUAAGAAAGACAUUGAUAAAUGUAGAGUGGCCAUGGCCAAUGUUCAACCACAGAUGCUUGUUGCUGGGGCUACUAGCAUUGCCCGACGGGCUAACCGAAUCCUGCUUGUUGCUAAACGUGAAGUUGAGAAUUCAGAAGAUCCUAAAUUUCGUGAAGUGGUGAAGGCUGCGUCAGAUGAACUGAGCAAAACUAUUUCCCCCAUGGUAAUGGAUGCCAAAGCAGUAGCAGGGAAUAUCCAAGACCCAGGCCUCCAAAAAAAUUUCUUGGAAUCUGGAUACAGAAUUCUGGGAGCUGUAGCUAAAGUACGGGAGGCCUUCCAGCCCCAAGAGCCAGACUUCCCCCCGCCUCCACCUGACCUUGAUCAGCUUCAUGUGAGUGAUGAACCUGCUCCACCCAAACCCCCACUUCCAGAGGGAGAGGUGCCUCCUCCAAGACCUCCACCUCCAGAAGAAAAGGAUGAAGAGUUCCCUGAACAAAAAGCAGGUGAAAUGGUCAACCAGCCAAUGAUGGUUGCUGCCAGGCAGUUGCAUGAUGAAGCCAGGAAGUGGUCUAGCAAGCCCGAUGUGACUGAUGAGGGUAAUGAUGCUGCUGAGGCAGACGUAGAUAUAGAUGAGGAGGAUGAUGCCGAUGAUGUUGAGUUCACCCUCCCCUCUGACAAUGAAGAUGAUUACGAGCCUGAGCUGCUCUUAAUGCCAACCAAUCAGCCUGUUAAUCAGCCCAUGCUGGCCGCUGCUCAGUCUUUGCACCAGGAAGCACGCAAGUGGUCCAGUAAGGGUAAUGACAUCAUAGGUGCUGCCAAAAGGAUGGCUUUGCUGAUGGCUGAAAUGUCCCGGCUGGUGCGAGGUGGCAGUGGUAACAAGCGUGCUCUUAUUCAGUGUGCCAAAGACAUUGCCAAGGCUUCAGAUGAGGUCACCAGACUGGCCAAGGAAGUGGCCAAGCAGUGCACUGACAAGCGCAUCCGAACAAACCUUCUCCAGGUCUGUGAACGGAUCCCAACUAUAAGCACUCAGUUAAAAAUUCUGUCAACUGUCAAAGCCACCAUGUUGGGACGUACUAACAUCAGUGAAGAGGAGUCUGAGCAGGCUACGGAAAUGCUGGUCCACAAUGCACAGAACCUGAUGCAGUCCGUGAAGGAGACGGUGAGAGAGGCAGAGGCCGCCUCCAUUAAGAUCCGAACUGACGCUGGAUUCACUCUGCGCUGGGUCAGAAAGACUCCAUGGUACCAGUAAACUGAGGAACAGGACAGGAAAUGUAAGGAUUUAGCAUAAACACCAGAAAUCCUAUCUAUCCAAACAUUUUGAAACCGAGACCUCUGUUUGAACACGGUUUGUAUUAACAACAAAACAAAACCUAAAACCUCCAUAUAUGAAUGCAGUAUGUACUGAAGUCCCAUGUUGUUGGCAAAGGUUUUUAUGUAAUUAUGCUUUUCAAUGAUAUGAUAUGCAAAUUUAUUCAAUUAUCAUUUUGAGGGAUAACAAAUAUAUAUAUAUAUUUAUAUUUUUUUUCUUAAAAGUCCAUCCUCGUUCACAUGUUUUCUUUUCUAGUUCAGUUAGCAUAUAUUUCAGGUAUCUGAGUUGGGAGCGCUCAAGACUCAGACCUCGGACAAUCCUUCACGUUCACAAAGAUCACAAUACUGUAAGAAGGUUGCUUGGUGUGACUUUGUAACCACACAAAGGUACAACGUGUGCCUGUGGUCCACAUGGGCAGUCGUGGACAAAAUGACAAUCUGCCGAGUGACAUCUAUGUAACUCUUUCUUCUUUUGUUUUGUUUGUUUCACCUUACGGCAUGGCAGUUUGACGUGAGAGAGUGAGAACCCGUCAACUGAAGCGUCAAAAGGGACACUAAAAUAACACUAUGGCCUCCACUAUCUUGCACUUUUUACCUGUACUGAGAUUGGCGGAGUAGUAAACACUGGCCGAGGUGAAUGAUUUUGACCUUUUUUUUCACAAUAGAUGCAUUUUUAUUUAACUUUUUGAAGCAAAACAUGCCAAAGAUCAGAAGCUGUUUUUUCUUCUAGUUUCACAUGAGUUUUUUUGGUGCUUUUUCUCACAUAAUCAUUUUUUGUUUUCCCUAUGCAUUUGUAUUUUUCCUAAACACUAGUCUUUGUAGUUAAAUGUAUAUUUUUAAAUACUAUUAGCAACUAACUGUAAAAAGUUAGUUCUGGUUGUUGGUAGAAUGUCACAAAGCUUCAGGAGAUCCUUUUACAGUUAAAUUUUAUCAGCAGUCUUUCGGUGAAGUAAUUUUUUUAUAAAGUAUUAGCUGUGUGGAUGAUUUUUGCAAAGGAGAAAACAAAGACGUGUAUUUGUUAGUUCAAAGAGAACGUGCGGAGCAUCUGUUACUUAAUAAUUACUUCCCUAAAGAGUUAAGCAGAUGAAAACAUCCGCCUUCUUAAAGUAGAUACAAAACAGUGAAAUGUUAUUCUUUGGAGACGCACUUCUCAGCGUUUGCCUCGAUGACAUAGAAACUUUUCUAAAGGAGAUGGCCAGCUGCACUGCCAAGUUUGAGAGUGUAAAGCUUGCUGAUGGGAGAAAUUUUGAACCCGUUACUGGGGUGCAAACUGUCGUCUGGACAACUAGUGGCCUUUUCAUUUUUAAAGAGGGGUGACAUCUUGCUGUCUGUAUGUGAUGCUUCUUACAUAUUUAAAUAUCAUCGAGACUGAAAACCUACUGUAAUCUGAAUGUAAAUAAAACAUUGGUCUUAUUUCUUAGAAUAUUUUUCAAUUAAUCUGAUACACCUUGUGCCUUGUUUGAAAUUUUUGAAAGAUUUAUGGACUCUAUGAUCAAAUGUCUGGAUUGUUUAGGUUUUUUGUUUUUGUUUACAACCCUUUUAUUAAAUGGGUAUUCACAUUUUGAAAUACACUGCAUCCUAAUCUGUUACCCUGAUCUUCAUAGGGACUGGCAUGGCUACUUCUUAAAAUAGCAGCAAUAUUCUCUGGCUGGCUCCUGAUGCGUCGUCGGCGCUCAAAGCCUUCUGUCAGAUUAGAAUGGUUUUUUUCUUGGGAUUUUCUAUCGCCACGUGUCACUCUUCAAAUGUAGCUGGUACACCUUGUCAUUCACUGCAUUUUUGUAAUAAAAUUUUAUAACAGUA